UAAGAUCCAAGGGUUUUCUCUAACGAUCUCUCACAUAUGAGAAAAAUCCUAGGAAGGAUGAUAUGGAUCCUCGAUCGUAAGGCUUGGUACGUAAAUCCCCCUUACUAUGUCCCAAAAAACUCCACCCCCGAAGUUUAGUUUGAAACUCCUAAUCGACAAAGAGUAUCAUAAGGUUGUGUUUGCUGAAGCUGGCAAAGAGUUCGUGGAUUUCCUCUUCACUCUUCUGUCUCUGCCUCUUUCAAACGCGGCCAGAGUUUGUAAGGUUGGAAGUUUAAGCAAUAUCUAUGGGAGCAUUGACGCCCUCGGUGACAAGUACAUGCUCCCCAAUGUCAACAAGAACACUAUGCUGAGAUCCAAGGAACAUGCUGCUGUAUUUAACAAACUUCAGCUUGUGUUGAGAAACGAACCGGACCUUAAACCAAUUAUGCCGUCGAAUGUGAAGAAGUUUUAUAUGUGUGAGAAUUUCAAGUUGAAGCAACACGGCUCAUGGGUGACAGAUGACUCUAAAGCCAUUUGUCCAAUGUGCAGUACAACUAUGUCGACCGGUGUCGGCUAUGUUGCUCCUCCGGGAGAACCUAGUUUGAUGACCAGGGACGAAGGGUAUGUGAGAGGUGUUGCUUCAUACAUGAUAAUGGACGAUCUGAGAGUCAAACCUUUGUCUUUCUUUUCAAAUUUGAAUUUGCUUAAGAAGUGCAUCAAUGGCAGUAGUGGUUUUAAUAACCUGGAAGAGAAGGUGGUUCAUGUUGAAAUGGAUCAGGUAGAGAAAUGGUUGAAGGCAUUAAUGGAGUCAAACUCAGUUCUUUCCGAUCUCUUCCUUGGGAAGAAACCAAUUGCUUGAGAAAUGGUUGCAACCUGAAGUUGGACCUCAGGUCGGAUUCACAUUUUGGUGCUUAAUAACUUGUUUUCUCAACUAAUAACUUGUUCUGAAGGUGGAGAGUCGCUGGAGGCCGCCGGAGCGGUGAAGGGGUGGGGGCUCCUUCCCUGAAGGAUCCGACCCGGCCAAUUUGGGUGGUGGGGGUGUAGGGUUUGGGCAAUGGGCUUUGGGCCCUUGCCUUUCUGGACUGCGGAAUGUAGUCCGAUGAACUGGGUCUAUAUGGUCCAGUUCCCUUUUUCCCUCUCACUUAGGUUCGUUAUGGUUUGGACCUUUUGGGAGGUGGUCUAUCUUGCUCAUAGUUCUACAUUUGUUCCUUGCGUAUUGUUGUGGCUGUGUUGUCUGUUGCGACGUACACUAUGAGGGUCUUAGGCGUCAAGAUGUUCAAGACAGUGGUUUCAUGUCAGGGCAGUGUAGGGUUAGGGAGUUUUUAAAAUUCUGUAUUUUAUUUCCUGCAAUUCCUUUAGGAUUCUAGUCUUUUUGGAGUUUCCGUUACGGAUUUUAGUCGUUUACUUGAGCAUCGAUUUGUAAUAUGAGGGGUCUUCGGACCUCUCAUGCUUGACCGAGUGCGGUCGUAUGAUUUUAUAUCAAUGGAUCAGCCUUCUGUUGCCCUCAAAAAAAAAAAAAAAACAAAUAUAUCUA